CCUUCGCCUCCCGCCGGCCCAAGCUUGGGCUUUGCACCCGGCGGCGACUGAAACGGUGGCUGCUGCGGAGCCGGCAGCGCAGGCGGGCGGAGCGGAGCUGCCCCUGUGGUGGCGGGCGAUGCCCCCGUGAGCCUCCCUCGCCGCCCCUCCCCGCCCCGCGUGCCUAUCCACUCGGAGUCCGCGCCCGCCUGGGGCCGGGCCGCGCCUACUGCCGGGUUCGCGGGGCGGGGUCCCGGGGCAGCACCUGCCCCGCCUUGCGGAGCCGCCUCGGCCUGUGGAGGCCCCCUCCCUGUCUGGACCCCGGCCCCACCUCCGGACCCUUUUAUCACAUCGCCUCCUCCUGGGAGCCUGCCCUGAUUGCCUUCACCUCAUUUCUUGAAAAUUGGUGUUUUGGCAGAAGUCAGUUGAAGCCUUGUGCAAAUGCCCUAGGGGUGUGCUGUUGGGAGGCAGCCCCCUGUGAUGCGGAACACCAGGCUCAGAUUCAUCAGUUCGAGCUGCCUGAGGCCCUGCCGCCCCGGGGACCAUGUUUAACGGGGAGCCAGGUCCUGCCUCAUCUGGGGCCUCCAGGAAUGUGGUGCGGAGCUCCAGCAUUAGCGGUGAAAUCUGCGGAUCCCAGCAAGCCGGGGGCGGGGCUGGGACCACCACCGCCAAGAAGCGGCGGAGCAGCCUGGGUGCCAAGAUGGUGGCCAUCGUGGGCCUGACUCAGUGGAGCAAGAGCACACUCCAGCUUCCGCAGCCUGAAGGGGCCACCAAGAAGCUGCGCAGCAACAUCCGCCGGAGCACGGAGACAGGCAUCGCGGUGGAGAUGCGGAGCCGGGUCACACGCCAGGGCAGCCGGGAGUCCACCGAUGGGAGCACCAACAGCAACAGCUCCGACGGCACGUUCAUCUUCCCCACUACCCGGCUGGGGGCUGAAAGCCAGUUCAGCGAUUUCCUGGAUGGGCUGGGACCAGCUCAGAUUGUGGGGCGGCAGACACUGGCAACACCACCCAUGGGAGAUGUGCACAUUGCCAUCAUGGACCGGAGCGGCCAGCUGGAGGUGGAAGUGAUUGAAGCUCGGGGCCUGACCCCCAAACCAGGCUCCAAAUCCCUUCCAGCCACCUAUAUCAAGGUUUACCUGCUGGAGAAUGGGGCCUGCUUGGCCAAGAAGAAGACAAAGAUGACCAAGAAGACCUGUGAUCCCCUGUACCAGCAGGCUCUGCUCUUUGACGAGGGACCCCAGGGCAAGGUGCUGCAGGUGAUCGUCUGGGGAGACUAUGGCCGCAUGGACCACAAGUGCUUCAUGGGCAUGGCCCAGAUCAUGCUGGACGAGCUGGACCUCAGCGCCGCAGUCACCGGCUGGUACAAACUCUUCCCCACCUCCUCAGUGGCAGACUCCACACUCGGAUCCCUCACCAGGCGCCUGUCCCAGUCUUCCCUGGAGAGUGCCACCAGCCCCUCAUGCUCUUAAGGAUGUCAGGAAGAGGCCAGGAUGGUGGUGUGGGGAGGGGUGCCUGCUGGCCCCAUGUCCUCCCCUGUACAUAGUCUUCGUGUCUUUCUGGACCCCUUGUCCUGCUGCAUGCCUGUUGGCUACUGGGCUCAUCCCAGCUGGCAGUGGAGACUGUAGUGUGUGCGUGUGUGCAUGCGUGUGUGUGUGUGUGUACGUGACCACGUUCUAUCUGUUCAUUUGUCUGGGUAUAGUCAUUCCUGGUGAUGAUAUGGGCUGAAAUGUCUCCACGUCUCUUUGUGUCUUGUUGAAAAGAAACCCAAAGGAGUGUUGUGUGGACACGACUCACCCUGAGGAGUCUCCAGGGAUGGAGGUGGGGCACGCGGCCACUGGUCGGUGCUGCCUGGUCCUGGCCUGGGGCAGAGCCUGUGUGUUCUUCACCUGUGCCUGCUCCUGGUCCUGGGCCCGGGGCAGAGCCUGUGUGUUCUUCACCUGUGCCUGCUCCUGGUGGUCUCUGCUUUGUUUUCUGUCUUGUCUUUUGUUCCACUCUUGACUCUCCCGGCUCUGCCACUGUUUUCUGAGAAAUGUAGCAUCCACUGCAGCUGGCCACACUGAGGGCCCUCUGGGAACCCCACCCCACUGGAGCCGCUCCGGCAGCUCUUCCUGCCACUGAAUGCGUUCUGCAGCAUGUAGCAUGCCCACCUAGCUCCCUGGCCAGGGCCCCGGGGAGGCAGAGGGUACCCAGGGGACUGAGGGCUUAGAAAUGACUUUCUCUAUGAGGCUGGAACCUCCUCCUUCUUCCAGUGAAGCACGAGGUCUUGGUUCCAGGGUUCCUGGCCAGGUGCCCCCUUAGCAUUUGUUCUUCAUCUCCUGUCUCUUCAAGCCUCCCCACUCCACCAUGCCGAAGGAGCUCUGCCAGUGGGCCUGGGCAGGCAGCCACAGAGGGCAUGUUAUCUGCUAAAGCAGACAGUCCUCCUGAGGCCCUGAGGGUGGCCCUGACCCCCUCAGGGCUCAUUCCUGGUGGGCAUGACUCGGUAAGGAGGUGCUGUGGGUAGGGCUGUUUGCUGGAAUAAGGAGGGCUGAGGCUGACUUGUUCCCUGCCACUGCUGAGGAUCCCACCUGACAUUUGGGGAUUCGCUGCAUGAAGUUGUUCAUUUGGGGCUCCAGUUUUUGUGCAUUUCCAGACCAGGGUCCCUGUCUGGGAGCUCAGACUUAGCUGGGCUCCAGCAGCCUGGCUCCGGACUCUCGUCUGCCACCAUCACCAGCUCUGUCUAAGCAAUACUUACCCCCCCGGGCUUCCCUGCUUUCCUGUGCCCCACUGCUGCCCUCUGCAGAGCCAUCUGCUCCAGGCACCCACCUGCCUCUGCUUGCUUUCUCACCCAUGUCUGGUUGGAGCUUCUCACAGCCACUCAAACCCUGACUUGAUUUGACAACUGGGCCCUGUUGGUGGAGACCAGUGCCUGAACUGGACCCUGUGAAAUCUGUCCCAUGGGAAUCCUGAAGUCUGACUCAGGAAUGCCCAGACCUGUCCCUGUCCCUCCUCAGCUCUAGGGUGAAAGGCGAGAGGUUGCUCAGGACGUGGACAGAGCAGCCCUUGGGUUUGUAUCUGGUAGGGAAGAAAGCAGCAGGACAGUGGAGGUGUGUGGAAGGCACUCUUUCCACCUCUCCCCAGGCAUUAUCCCCAGGUGCUGAAAUAGCUGUGGCCCCAGCACCUGAGGCAGGGGUACGCUACCUGGGGUAGCAGUAGAAAGGUCUUGGGGUCUGAAUGACUUGGGGCCUCCAUUCAUAACCAAAGUCGGAGGGGGCAUGGAGGCAGUGGCGCCUUAUGGAUAGGUCAUCUCAGCCCAAAGGGCCUCCUUGGCUGGCAUGGUUCUGUGUUACGUUGAAGCCAGAGUCCUAUAACACCUCUCAAGAAAGAUAGGGGAAGAAGCCAGAACCCCACCUGGCCUGCCCACAGGACAAGAAGUGGGUAAGGGCAGGAAGGAAAUGAACGGAGUUAGCUCCCAGGCCCCUAUCUCUGCCUGAGCCUCUAUUCUUAUAUUAUCAGAGAAAGGGACCAUUGGGUGCAUAGAGAUGGGGAGGAGGCCACUGGGCUGAAUUUUCUCUUUAGGCAGAAAUGCUCUCCCCAGGCCCAUUGCGUUCGUCAAGUUCUUAGAAAUGGACAAAGGGCUCUGUCCUCCUCGACCCUAGUUGGGGAUCAAGAAGGAAACUCCCUUGCAAAAGGGUAUUUUAAUCUCCUGUUUAUGAUAUAUUCACCUCUAGAGCAGUCACUGCCAGGGUGUUGUGAAAAUACUCUACACCUUUGGGAUGAUAGGGUUGUUAGUGACCCACAGGACAGUAUAGAUGUUUGUGGAUGUAGCACUGAGUGGUGAUACCCAGACCAGCAGUCACCCCAGGGACCAGCAGUCACCCCAGGAAAUGGGGGCUACCCAUACCCUCAUUUCCUCUGGUGGGGAGCUGCCUGCAGAGAGGCCUGCCACUGGGGGUUCCAGGCCGUGGUGCCCCUUGCCUCUGGGGAAGGGUUAGCACAGGGGAGGUUCUAGCUGGAGGAGGGGUCUGAUGUGCUGGUAACUUGGGCUGACCUACCUACAGUCCCUGGCUGCCAAAACUGCUCAGCAGUUGGGCCACUCCACUAUUCCACCUCUCUAAAAGAAGGUAAUUUCCUCCCCAAAUUGACGUUGGGGAAUUAUUCUUUUAACCCUUUGCACCAAAUAAGUUACUCAUCCCCACCUGGAUUUUACCCCAUGAGGGUAAAGUUGUGUGAGGCUGACACGUCUGUGUGAUGCAGUGUGGCUGCACUUAAGGGUCUGUUUCUCAGCAUCAUGUAUGCAGGGGCUUGUCUGAAAAGCCACUCUGGGCCUAGCCUGUCCCAGAAGAGGAGGAUGCACAAGUGUAACUCCUGGUUGUUUGCUGGGGUGGGGGAGCAUCUGCUGUUUGAGGACGGGGGGUGGGGAAGGAAGGAACAUGAUCCCUCCAGAAGUCUCCCACCCUGGGGCCAACUCACUGCCAUGUUCAGUGUCCUGGCUCCAAAUGCCCCCUUGCCCAGAUGAAACCCUGCAGUGGUUAUAGGAAUGGAGCUCUUUGUCAUUCCACCUCCUCUGGUCAGGCGAGGUUCACCGUGCAUAUGGCAGAGACAGGAGUGGCCCUGCAGUGAUGUUGGGUUGUGGGCAGGGACAGUGAUGGAUGACUCAGAGCGUCUGUCUUUGUAUUUCUGCUCUGUUCAUUCUGUCCCACUUUCUUCAUAGACUCCUUUUCCCUGCAAUGGGUUUUUGGUAUGAAAAAGGCUCCAGUAAAUGGAGCCAAGUCUUGGUUUGACAAGGGGAACUUGAUCCUUCAGGGAAGAAUCAUCUCCAAAAUGACUCCCCAUCUGGUUUCUUCUACCACCCAAUUCUACUAGGAAAGGAGCACUUAGGAGGCUCUUGGGAUGCAGCAAGUCCCAGGCAAUGCCAGCAUUUCAUGGGGGCUGAGGCAGAACCCAGGAGCUCCAAGAAAGGCCACCCAUAGAGCUCAUCCUCUGUGGAAUCACUGCCGGUUAGAACACUGAGGUCAAGCCAGUCCUCCCAUGGUCAUGCCACCCACCAGGGAAGCAUGCCUGAUCUCUUCUUUACUGCCAGCCUUGAGGAGAGCAGAAGCCUCCAUUUUUAAAGACAAUAAAGACCUCCAAGGGUACUUCUUUGGAAAUGAAAUGUAGCACAAUCUUAGCCUACGUUACCAGGAGCCCUGACAUGCAACCAGGGUCCCUCUUCCAUGCCCUGCUGCCCAGGAGAUGCUGAGCUCCUCUUCCCCUGGAGUUCCAGCCCUCCUAAUACCUCAUAUUCCCCAUCUUCCUCAGCCCAGAAAGCAAUGGGGCUUUAGUGAUGCUCCUCUUUUGUGUCUCUCUGGUUGCCUCUAGCACUGUGCAAACUCUGCAAGAAAUUGCUGCCUUUGCUUGAUGUUGUAGAUGAGUUGCCCUCCACCUGGCUGGAGAGAUGGCACAUCAUUCAGGGCCAGAAGGUUGUCCAGCAGUGUUUCUGCAGUGGCUGCAGGGAGAUGGAAAAGAAGAGCCCUGCUUCCCUGCCUCCUCCUACCUUUCUCUUCCACUCCUCAGAGUUUUCUUCUCCAGUAUCCUGACACGUAAAGAGAUUCUUUAAAAUGCUGCUUCUUCUACUGGACUGUCUUUCACUGAGUAGUCAGGGAGGAGAUGAAAAUGUGGACACAUCCCCCCGCCUUCUCCCUCAACCUUUUCACUCACGUCAGAAGAGGUUGGGGCAAAACAAAACAAGCAUGACUGAAGAGCAGGGGAAGCCCACACAAUCAGGUGAGGCCUGAUGGGGGCUGGACUGGCCUGGUCUGGCUGGGAAAGGAUUCUUUUAAAAGCGUGCCUGAGCAUCUCAGAGCAAUGUCAGUGAUGCCAAAGAGAGCAACUUGGCCUCCUUGGGCACCAACUCUGAUGGCUGAGUUGCACAAACGUGGCUCAGAUGUUGGCAUGCCCGAUGGUGGGACCUUGUUCUCUGAUAAAGGGCUUAAUCUUUCCAUGUAGCAAAGCAACUUUCCCUCCCUCCCCUCCCCCCGAACCCUGAGCUUGGGCUUGUGUGGGCCCAGCAUGGCUGUGCCUGUGAGGGAAGCCACAUCAGAGAGAGAAAGUUGCAUUCUCUCAGGGGCCUAGAUUGGCUUGGGGCAGGUGCUUGUUGAAAAGCAUGAGUGUUUCUACUUUGGGAAACCCUUCCAGGGCUCUGGCUGGAAACUUGGCCAGGAAGGACAGGGCCAUGGGCCUCCCAAGGAGUUCACAAUGAUGCCAGGAAGGGUUCCUGAGCCUGGGUUCCAGUCAGCUUGGCUAACAGAAUGGGGCUUGGGAAUUCCAGGGGCAACUGAGCAUCCACCCCAUUAGCCAGUGAUCUGGACAGGGACAGCUGGCUACAGGGAAUCAAAGGCUGUUCUGUACAGUUUUACCAGAAACUGUGACCUUGGGCAAGGCUCCUCACUUUUCUGGGCCUCAACUUCCUCAUCUGCAAAAUCGGAGCAUUAGCUGCUCUCCCCAUGAUUCCCUCCCAGUUUUAAUUAAAAGUCUCUGAUCCGGAGCACAUGAGGGUUCCGAGCCUGGUGCACCUGGUUCCUGUCUCCGUGGGCUGGUUUCCUCCAGCCCCUGAUGCCCAGGCUGGGUGCAGGCCCUCAUCUGGUCCAUGCCCAGAUGCUGCCUCAGACAAGAACUCUGGGAAUCCUAACAGACUCUGCUUUCCUCUCUUCGUGGUUUGUCCUCCCUCUUUUAUUCUUGUGUAAUGAUGAGACAUAAUUAAGGGUCAUCUACAAUGGACAAUUUUCAAGGUGCUGAUGUGAUGUCACAACCUCAGCUACAUCCUGAGUAGGUCAGUGUCCCCAACAGCAGAUGAGGCUGGGUCUUUCCUCAUUUCUGCUUCUGGGAUGACAUCAGUGGGAGAGUUGAAGAUCUGAGAAUUCUAAAGGAAAUGUUCUCUGAUGGGAGGAGAGAGGGAACUUAUUUCCCUUCAAAGUAGUUUGCUUCUUAAGACCACUCCUCCCUCCAGAAUGUCUUUAACCAGACAUCAUCUCAGAAGGUGGGGCAGCUGCUUCCUUAGGAAGAGUGGGCCUGAUAGCUCAACCAACUCCUUUAGCAUGUAAACUCACAGAAGGCAAGAACCCCUUUUUUUAGACUUUCCAAAUGCAUCCUGCAAAGAGAGAGAUAGCUGAUAGGGACUGACAAGCACACUGUUUAGAUAAGAAGCAAUUAGCCUUUUAUAUCUGUGCUCUAUACAUUUUCUAUGUGCAGCAUCUUUCCUAACUUGUUGUGGUUCCCGGGUGGCAGGUGCACAGCUGGGAGGGACUGCCGGCUGUUUCGUACAACAUUCUUGCCAAUUCCCUUGAGGAGAAAAUUCUUCACAUGGCUUCUGCAUGUACAGUAUUUGGGCAGCAAAACAUGAUUAAAGUCAGUUUGAAAAUGG